CACAAAAGUAGCCCUAUACAAUGUCUAAAUUUUAAUUCGGGAAUUCAGUCAUUGAAGAAAGAAGCGCCACAUUUCCAACCCUGGCCUUUUUAUUCUCCUUUCUUUCAUUAAACCCCAAAAGGCAAAAUCCCUAAAAACUACCCAAUAGCCAGCCGGCAGCCGCUGCCGCCGCCGCCGCCCAGCCCCAGCUUUCAAGUCGACCAGCUUCAGGCCUCCAGCCAGUCCCGCCUUCCGCCUUCCGCCUUCCGCGAUCAGUAAGCCGCUGCCCGCCGGCUGUGACCUAUUCCAUAAAAUUAGAAAUUUGAUUUUUUUAAGGCUUAAUCUAUUAGCUUACCAGAGAUAAACUUGCAAUGGGCUACGCACAACUAGUCAUUGGUCCUGCUGGAAGUGGGAAAUCAACAUACUGUUCUAGCUUGUAUAAGCACUGUGAAACCAUGCGACGCACAAUCAAUAUCGUGAACCUUGAUCCUGCUGCUGAAAACUUUGAUUAUCCUGUUGCUGUUGAUAUCAGGGAACUUAUCAAUUUAGAUGAUGUAAUGGAAGAACUAGGAUUGGGUCCAAAUGGGGGUUUAAUUUACUGUAUGGAGGAACUAGAAGAUAAUCUUGAUGAUUGGCUUACUGAGAAACUAGAUGAUUUCAUGGAUGAUGAUUAUUUGGUUUUUGAUUGCCCGGGACAAAUUGAACUCUUUUCUCACGUCUCUGUCCUUAAUAAUUUUGUGGAGCAUUUGAGGCGCAAGGAUUUCAAUGUAUGUGCCGUUUAUUUGCUCGAUUCGCAGUUUAUGACUGAUGUUACAAAGUUUAUUAGUGGCUGUUUGUCAUCUCUUUCUGCCAUGAUUAAGCUUGAAAUACCCCAUGUUAAUAUCAUGUCAAAAAUGGAUCUUGUGAAGAAUAAGAAAGACCUUGAAGAAUAUCUGCAUCCUGAACCAGUUACAUUGCUUUCGCAACUGAAUCAGCAUAUGGCUCCACAGUUUGGGAAGUUGAAUAAAGCUCUGAUUGAUCUAGUGGAUGAGUAUAGUAUGGUGAGUUUCAUACCUCUCGAUUUGAGGAAACCGAAAAGUAUUCAGUAUGUGUUGUCAGAGAUUGAUACAAGUAUUCAGUUUGGAGAAGAUGCAGAUGUGAAGGUUAAAGAUUUUGAUAUUGAUCCUGAUGGUGGUGAUGAUUAGUUAUAAAGUAAUCUUAACUCUUACCCUAUUCCUAUCCUAACUUUUUACUCUUGUCAAACUGCCCUUUUCUUGUUCUUGUCUUGUGGUUUUACUGAUGAGUUACUCUGAACUGGAAUUACAAGAAUGAUAUUGUUCGUCGUAGUUUAUCUUGGAUGGUCUUAAUUCAUUGAAGUUGUAUAUAUAUCCUCUUAAUUUCUGUUUUGGAUUGACUGAUUUUGCAUUAUUUUUACUUUUAGUAAUGGUUCCUACAUCUCUAUUUUAGUUUUACUUAUAAAUUCUUUUACUCUUUUAAUCUUUAUGUACUCGCUACUUAACCCCACUUUAUAUACAAAUUACAAAUUAAUAUUUACAAUCUUUUAAAGAGGUGAAAAUUAAAUAAUACUGAGUAUAAGCUAUGUCCUACGAUUAUAUUGAUAUAAAACUACACUUCAUUUGCACCUCCAUCAUAAAUUAACGGUCUCUUUGAGAGAUCAUUUCUAAUUGGACU